AUGGCCAACAUCAGGUGGUUCGUCGGAGAUGGGCAGACUGUGAGAGUUAUGGACAAUGCCUGGUUAUCUGACCUUCCCCUGUCUCAUUGGCCAACUAUGAUCAAUGCUGGUGUCGACGCCGAUAUGUGGAUCUGUGAGCUAUUCACCUUGGGGGAGAGGAAGUGGCAUAUGUCUCUGAUCAAUCGUCUCUUUGGCAUCCAGCUUGUUGAGAGGAUUGUUGCCAUAUCGAUUCCCAGGGUUGCUUCUAGUGAUAGGAGGGUGUGGCGUCAUACCAUCGUCCCGAAAGUGAAGGCUGGGGACUUGUAUGAGCUGUAUAGAGCUAAGACCAAUCAGAGGCAGGAUUGUAUCAGGGUUUGGAGGUUAGGAGCACACCAUCAUAUAACCUUAUUUCUUUGGAAGGUGGCAUGGGCCUACCUACCUACCAGUGGAGUGCUAUGCAGGCGAGAGAUGAACCUCCCGCCAAGCUAUGAUGCUUGCCCUGAUGAGGACUCUGUGGCUCAUGUGCUCUUCCUAUGCCCAUGGGCGACCCGAGCAUGCGGGCUCUUUGACGCCUCCUUGUGUUUCCUUCAGUCAGCGACCCCCCAUCCAGACCCUCCUCUUUUACCUCAGUGA